AAGGUCUGUUUAGUUGAUAUGCAGACAAACUACCAGUAGAAGAGCAGUUAUAUAAAAAAAAAAAAAAAGACCCUGUCAGCUGGAAAUCCAGGUCCGUCAUUGGCACCGUUUUGCGCGAGGCCGUUCUGACCAAGAAUCCACGCUUGGUGCGACCUUUGGUGUGUUUGUCCCAGCAGGAUGAACGUCACGUCACUGUUUUCCUUCACCAGCCCAGCGGUGAAGCGCCUCCUGGGCUGGAAGCAGGGUGACGAGGAGGAGAAAUGGGCCGAGAAGGCUGUGGACGCACUGGUGAAGAAGCUGAAGAAGAAAAAGGGCGCCAUGGAGGAGCUGGAACGUGCGCUCAGCUGCCCCGGCCAACCCAGCAGCUGCGUGACCAUCCCGCGCUCGCUGGACGGACGACUGCAGGUGUCGCAUCGGAAAGGGUUGCCUCAUGUCAUCUACUGCCGCGUGUGGCGCUGGCCUGACCUGCAGUCACACCAUGAGCUCAAAGCCCUCGAAUGCUGCCAGUUUCCCUUCGGAUCCAAGCAGAAGGACGUGUGCAUCAACCCCUACCACUACAAAAGGGUGGACAGUCCAGUUCUGCCGCCGGUUCUAGUGCCUCGGAACAGCGAGUUCAAUGCCAAGCUGUCCAUGCUCCCACGCUUCCGCAACCCGCUGCACCAAACGGAGCCACACAUGCCCCACAACAUUAAGUACCCGGAAUCCUUCACUCAGCAGCCGGGGAACAGCUUACCGUUCGGCCCCAGCUCGCCCUCCAACAGCUACCCUGGCUCACCCAACAGCGGCACGGCAAGCAGCGCAACCUUCCCAAACUCCCCAGGCAGCUCUGAGCCCAGCAGCCCCUUCCAGAUGCCAGAAACUCCACCUCCUGCAUAUAUGCCCCCCGAGGAGCCGAUGACGCAGGACUGCCCUCAGCCAAUGGACACCAACCUGCUGGCCCCCAACCUGCCGGCCCCCAACCUGCCUGUAGAUAUCAACAACCGGACAGAUGUGCAGUCGGUGGCUUAUGAAGAACCGAAGCACUGGUGCUCCAUCGUGUACUACGAGCUGAAUAACCGAGUCGGAGAGGCCUUCCAGGCGUCCUCGACCAGCGUCCUGGUGGAUGGCUUCACCGACCCGUCCAACAAUCGCAACCGCUUCUGCCUGGGCCUGUUGUCCAACGUUAAUCGCAACUCCACCAUCGAGAACACACGCCGACACAUCGGCAAAGGCGUGCACUUGUACUACGUUGGAGGUGAGGUGUACGCCGAGUGCCUGAGCGACAGCAGCAUCUUCGUGCAGAGCCGCAACUGCAACUACCACCACGGCUUCCACCCCACCACCGUGUGCAAGAUCCCGAGCGGCUGCAGCCUCAAGAUCUUCAACAACCAGGAGUUCGCCGAGCUGCUCGCGCAAUCCGUCAACCACGGCUUCGAGGCCGUCUACGAGCUCACCAAGAUGUGCACGAUUCGCAUGAGCUUUGUCAAGGGCUGGGGAGCUGAAUACCAUCGUCAGGACGUGACCAGCACCCCCUGCUGGAUCGAGAUCCACCUCCACGGACCGCUGCAGUGGCUGGACAAGGUUCUCACACAGAUGGGGUCUCCUCACAACCCCAUCUCCUCCGUGUCCUAAACACACCGCCUCCUGGUUUCCGUGGAGAGGGGAGGGAGCGGGAUUAACGAUGGGGUUAUGGGGCGGGGCAGUUGUGUAUAUUAUAUGAUUUGACUGGCAGCGGGCAAAGUCCUCAGUCAGCGAACAUCUGGAAGAUACUUGAUAACUCUGUGUGACCAAUCGUAUUCGUUGAUGAGGCCAUCGUACUCGUUGCAAGUAUCCUCCUUCGGUCUUGUGACAGCAGGCGCUUUCCGAUUUCACGUUUUCUCCUUUCUUUUCUUUCUUUGUUUGCAAAAUAAACACGUCAGUAUUCCAUUGCGGGGGGGAUUUGUGUAGGUACAGCGAUUAUACAGUAAGUAGGGGGGACGUGUGACUCGACUGACCUGCUUAGAGAUAACAAUGAGUAAAUAAUCGUAGACAUUUGUGCAUCGGACAUGAUGAACUUUCUAGAAAGUGUCUGUGCUGUGUAGAACAGAAUGUAUUACAGUUUUUAAUGCUCUUUUUGUUUUUGCAAGAAAAUGUAGCAAAAAUGAGAAAAAAAAGAAACGCUAGUGAGGGAAGAAAAGAGAUGGAAGUUAAUAAUCGAGUGUUGUAAUGGGAAAACAAUACGCAGAUUAAUUAAACGGCAUGAUGUUAGUAGAGUAGGAGCACAUACACAGACUCGUGCUCUACUUUUAUUGCAUCCGACUGAUUUCACAUGAUUUUAAAGGUAGUGUAAAAAGUUAAAAACGUAGAUGUGAUGAUGAUGAUGAUGAUGAUGAUUAUUAGAGGAAAUGCUGUGCAGUCUGUUUUUAUUAUUAUUAUUAUUUUUUUGCCAGUAUAAUUUUAACAGAUAAGAGUAAUAAGUGUAAGAAAGGGAGAAGAGGCAAGCACUGUUUACCGAAUUCCUAAUGGAAGUGCGUCCCUUUAUUCUCAAACAUUUAUAAUAAUGAAUGAAAGACACUAAACUCUGUUAUCAUUUACGCAAAUUAAAUCAUGUUAAGGCUAAGGUCACACUCCAGCUCGCGAUGUGAUGAGUUAUCGAUGAACCGAGCUUCGGGAACUAUUCCCAAACCCGUCUGCGAGUAUUCGGUGCUUAGUUUGCCGACAAAAACAUCGCCACCAAAUUUCAACGUGUGCAUUGAAAUUUUUCAUGACGUUUUUGGCCGCUCAUGAGCAGAGGUGGGCAAAGUACCCAACUUCGUUAUUUAUGUUACUCUGAUACAAGUUUCGAUUUCAUAACAUCGGUGAAAUUUAGUUCCCGCUGAAAUUUGGUCAUUGUGAUAUAUGUUUAUUUCUGGAAUAUCUCAAAAUCUCAGGCUAUUCUGUCACUGGGAAGUUAUUUAAUUUGAGGGGAUUAAAGCAAAUAAUUGGCAUGAAAUCACUUGCAUCGCGCAGUCAAGCAGACAGAGGAAGUCCGUGUGUGUGCGCAUGCGCAGGUUUACCUUUGAGCGUGCACUUAGGUCCAUCAUUCUGUCGCUAAACGAACAGCUGAUCACACCGAGGUGCUCGCCGAGCGCCGAUAUUUAUUAGUUUGGUCCUGCGUUUCCUUUCCUUCGUAUAGAACAUAACGUCUUUUCUUCUCGCUUUCUUUCCGUUACUGUAGUCGGUCUUUCACGUUUCGUUCGCACACUCACGUCCUCCAUUUUUCUCUCCUGUUUCAAAUUUGUAUCCCACAAUGCCUUCGAACGGGGAAAGCCCACCACAUCAUGCACGAUGUAGUAUCAUGUAUUGGGUCAUGGUGAAGCUGGAAAAAACAGCGGAGAAUUUAGGGCCAUGUGGGCUUAAAUUCAUUAAUUGUUCUAUUUUUUAAAAAACCCCAAAAACUAAUAAAACUGGAAGUCUGUAAUUCGAAUUGAGUAGCUUUCGGUCCACUAAAGUAAAAUAAUUGGGUGUUGGGGAAAAUUCUUUUUAUGUCCUACACUUGAAAAAUCUGAAAGGCGGUCUAGCUUUAAGUAUUAAAAGUACAUUUUCUGUUCACGCAUUGUUGUGUUAUUGCCACAAUGCUUACAAGACCUAAUACCGCUGAAGCAACUGACUGGAUUUACUGACUAGCUUGUAGAACCUGUAGCGCUAAGGCUCCAUCGGACGUGCUAGCAAAAACUUUUCAGACUCGAAAUCUUAUUGGGUAGCUAACAUGACUAGAAAAGAAAGAUUUCUACAUUGUUUAUUCAACAAGAUUAUGCUAAAGGAGUUCAGAUAAGUUGACGUUAUUCAUGUUAGCGUGACUCCGUGUUUACAUGCUAACUAAGGGCCAAUUUAUGCUGACAACCCAGUCCUCGCAGAUGGCGUCGCAGAUGGCGUCUGCGAAGCCCCCCCCCCUCGCAGACGCUCUGCGCGCACCUCCCAAAAACUGUGACCACCGCAGACAGCCUCGCAGACAGCCUCGCAGACAAGAGGGCUCUGAUUGGUCCACUCUACAUCCGCUGUACACGCACUUCCGCUUCCCUACUUUCCCGGUUUGGUUUGUUUUCACGACCGGCAUUUUUAAAAACACGAGCGAAGAUGGAGCGGCACGAAGAGCGGUUGAUCGAGGAAGUGAGGAAGUACGUACAUCUAUACGACUCCAGUUCUAGUCAUUAUAAGUAACCGGAGGAUAAACACUCCACUAACCACACCCACCAACUACUCCUAGCGAUUUUGCGACUUCGCGCCCCCUUGCGUUGUGGCGGUGAAUAACAUCGCGCGCGCCUAUUACUCCCCGCUCAAUGAUAAAUUACAACUGUCUGCGAAAAGCUAUCUGCGAAAGCCUUGUCGCAAGAGCAUGCAGAGGCCUUAAGAGUGUCCAAGUUAACUAGCUAUGUGUAAACGUUAGCCAUGGACAAGGCUACGGCAACUUGGUGGGCAAAUCCAUAGAAAGUCAUUUGACUAACCAGACUGCAUAGCUAUUGUAACUAGCUCUAAAAGCACGGACGGCUUCGUUGCAAGCUUUCUCUUGGAAUAAAAUGUUUACACACCUCAAUAUGCCUCUGCAGGUCGGACGGCAAGUUUUUUGUAGGCCGUGAUGUGGUUCGUUUUCGGCAAACAAAGCAAAUGUUUAAAACGAAACGAAUCUUUAAUCCUUUCAGAAAACUGAAACAUGGGUUCAUGAGUGCGUUCAUUCCCCAGAAGAACCGCCCCCUUCCAUUCUGCCGUCAACUGAUCGCGUUCAAAUAACGCUGCGGAGAAAUCAUUGAACUUGAUUUUAUACAGUCUAUGGAUGUGACGUGACCGUAGUGAUUACUGACCGGCUGUCUCAGUGUCACCUGCGAAAAAACCAUCACAUUUUAGAAAAAGGAAAAAAACAUCCACUUUCAAAGCUGCUUCAUAGUAAAGCCUAGGUCACAACCGGACGUACGAUUUUUUGGCCGUGCGAUUUUUGGCGUUUCCCAAAUCGCUGCGGUUUUUUUGUUCGUGGAGAAAGACGCACGUUGGCCGUAAGUUUGUCUUGCAACCUGAAAAAAACGUAAGCGCCCGUAGAGUUUGUUUGACAUGACAAAGAACCUCUGCGGCUCGAAAAUCAGCACCCUCCGUGCGUUUCUUGCGUUUUUUGCACGUAGACCGGCCGUAGGAGCACGUACAGCCGGUUGUGACCGAGGCUUAACGAGUAACAAGGACCUUGAUAGAAAUGUAGUGGAGUGAAAAGUACGAUAUGUGCCUUUCAAAUGCAGUGAAGUUAAAGUCAUAAGUUUCCAAAAUAAAAAAAAAAUACUCUAAGUACAGAUGCUCAAAAAGCGUACUUAAGUACAGUACUCAAGUAAAUGUACUGUGUUACUGUUCACGAGGUCGAGACACCAAAAAACAACUCGGAGGAAGCUCGGAGAACAUUUCACACGCAUCGCACGAUUGGUGGCGAUGCGAACAAUUUUUCAUCGCCAAGUAUUCGUAAACCCAUCGCGAGCUCUAGUGUGACCAGCGCUGAAAGGACACGCAGCUCCAGCUUUCAUUUUGCGUUAAGGAAUUAAGUGUUUUUUUUUUUUUUUUUUCCCCUUCAACCCAGUGUUGCUCAAGAUCACUCUCAGGGCCUGAUGCAGUACGUCACAUCGCAUUUCUUAAAUGUUAACAUUUAACCAUAAUCGUGGGCUAAAUACAGAUCAAAUUCAGUGCAAAUGGAGUUCAGUAGAAUACAACACAAGCUCAUGAACAAAGAACGACGUGAACGAUGAAGCUACUUAAAUAAAUAAAUCCCAUAAAGACUCUCUCUCGUGUCAGCGAGAUUUCAGAGCAUGGAUGAUGAAAUAUCUAAAUAAUCGCACAUCACAGCGUGGUUUGUGCAGUUAAAUUGAUUAGUGGACGCCAGAGAGGUCUAGAAGCGAGACGUUGUGGCUUUAAUAACUGUGUAAGGAACGAUCGACCGUCGGAACAUUAUGAAUUAUAAUGUUAAUUAUAAUAUUAUUGUUAGUAAUACAGUAAAAAAAAAAGAAAAGACAUCUUGCAUUUUAACACCAGAUCUACACUAAAACAUCUUGAUAGAAAUCUCUAGUAUUUGUUCUGAUAUACAGUGUCUUGCAAAAGUAUUCAUCCCCCUUGGUGUUUGUCCUGUUUUGUCGCAUUACAAGCUGGAAUUAAGAUGGAUUUUUGGAGGGUUAGCACCAUUUGAUUUACACAACAUGCCUACCGCUUUAAAGGUGCAUUUUUUUUUUUUAUUGUGACACAAACGAUAAUUAAGAUGAAAAAACACCCAGAAAUCUGGAGUGUGCAUAAAUAUUCACCCCCUUUCGUAUGAAACCCCUAAAUAAGAGCUGGUCCAACCAAUUCACUUCAUAAGUCACAUAAUUAGUUGAUUGAGAUCCGCCUGUGUGCAAUCAAAGUGUCACAUGAUGUCUGUAUAAAUCACCCUGUUCUGGAAGGACCCUGACUCUGCAGCAUGACUAAGCAAGCGACACGAGAACCAAGGAGCCUCCAAACAGGUCAGAGACAAAGUUGUGGAGAAGUAUAGAUCAGGGUUGGGUUAUAAAAAAUAUCCCAAACAGGACAAACACCCAGGGGGAUGAAUACUUUUGCAAGACACUGUACCGAGCUUUCAAGUAGCUGUUAAACCGAAACAGGAAAAAAUGCACGAUUCUGAUUGGUUAAUCCUGUACGUGUUUCUUUUCCAUCAUCAGUUUGCUCGCUAAUAAAAUGUGAUUUCAAUAAACAAUGUUUGUUUGUUUAAAUGAAACAAUGAAUAACAAAAACAUUAUUUGAAAAAAAAGACCCAAAAUGACCAGACUCCUGAUUUGUUUUUAAUGAAAGACACAUUCGUGUCUCUCUCUCUGUCUCUCUCCCUCUCUCGCUCUCUCGUGUGUCUGUCUCUCUCUGUCGUGCCUCUGUCUCUCUCUCUCUCUCAUGUCUCUCUCACUCUGUCUCUCUCAUGUGUGUGUCUCUCUCUCGUGUGUCUCUCUCUAUCUCUCUCAUGUCUCUCUCUCUCUCGUGUGUCUCUCUCUCUCAUGUCUCUCUCUCGUGUGUCUCUUUUGUCUCUCUCAUCUCUCUCUGUCUCUCUCGUGUGUGUGUCUCUCUCUAUCGCUCUCUCUGUGUGUGUGUGUGUGUGUGUGUGUGUGUGUGUGUGUGUGUGUGUGUCUCUCUCUCUCUCUCUAUCGCUCUCGUGUGUGUGUGUGUCUCUCUAUCGCUCUCUCGUGUGUGUGUGUGUCUCUCUCUAUCGCUCUCUCUUGUGUGUGUGUGUGUGUCUCUCUCUAUCGCUCUCGUGUGUGUGUGUGUCUCUCUCUAUCGCUCUCUCGUGUGUGUGUCUCUCUCUCUCUAUCGCUCUCGUGUGUGUGUGUCUCUCUCUCUAUCGCUCUCUCUUGUGUGUGUGUCUCUAUCACUCUCUCGUGUGUCUCUAUCGCUCUCUCUUGUGUCUCUCUCUCUAUCGCUCUCUUGUGUGUGUCUCUCUCUCUAUCGCUCUCUCUUGUGUGUGUCUCUCUAUCGCUGUCUUGUGUGUGUGUGUGUGUCUCUCUCUAUCGCUCUCUCGUGUGUGUGUGUGUGUGUGUGUGUCUCUAUCGCUCUCUCUUGUGUGUGUGUCUCUCUCUAUCGCUCUCUCUUGUGUGUGUGUCUCUCUAUCGCUCUCUCUUGUGUGUGUCUCUCUCUCUAUCGCUCUCUCUUGUGUGUGUGUGUGUGUGUCUCUCUUUAUCGCUCUCUCGUGCGUGUGUCUCACUCUGUCUCUCGUGUGUGUGUGUGUGUGUGUGUGUCUCUCUCUCUCGCUCUCUCGUGUGUGUGUGUCUCUCUCUCUCUCUCUCUCUCGUGUCUUUGGAUUACACAUUUGUGAAUGACAGAAUCUCUUUGGAUGACAGAAUCAAACUUGUGUGUAAUUUUAAGAUGUUUUCCGGUUUUCUUGUCCGCAAAGGGUUUUAGAUCAUUUCUUCAAAAAUGUUAUUGUAUUAAAACAAAUAUCCUGUUUCUCGCAUGUUGAUAGAUGUGAGUUAAGUUAAUGGACGUGAUCCUGAAACAGGUCCUGUAACCACAUCUGCGUGACAAAAAAUGCCAAAGGAUAAUCAGUAUUAAAAAUGGAAAAGAUUCAAAAUUCCAGAUUAAAGAUGAAGAUCGUGAGUUUGAAUCCCAAAGAUGCCGCAGUCAUCCGUGUACAGGACCCAAGAGAGAAAAAUUCACCGUGCUGUCUGGGUGGGAGGGGCAUAUUCUCAGUCACCUGUCAAUCACAUGCCAAUCGUGGGCGUCUCUGAAGUGUCAUGUACGUAUGUGGAAGAGGGGAGAUAGCGCUUUCCUGCAAAUGGGGAAAAUCCAGAGUAAAGUUUCUUUCUCUCUCUCUCUCUCUCUCUCUCUUCACUAAGUGAUCUUUUCACUAAGAUCAUUGUAAAACAAUACUGUUUGUUAUUUCACUUUUUUAUCGUAAGUAAUAAAAACCCAAGUGAUUUUAAAACCACGCACUGGCUGUUCAGAAGUAGUCCAGUGAUGCGGGAAAACUAACUACAGAUUUAUAACACACGGCAUGAAUUUACACCUGGGUUAGAAGAAAAAUACACACGCACGCACGCACACACACGCGCGCGCACACACACACAGCUGUUACUAAUCACCCAAAAUAAGUACAUUAACCAGGAUAUGAUGUUUCAAUUCAAUUCCAUUUUAUUUAUAUAGCGCUUUUAACAGCGGAUAUUAUCACACAAUACAGAUAAUCAGCCGCACUUCCUGUUUCUCAGCCUGCUUUUACACUUUUAACGUCGUCCUCCUUCAGAUGUUUUACCACAGAAAAGCAUGUUUGGAGAUUCAGUUCAGCUUUCAAUAGAGAACUUUAAUCAGCAGCUUUGUUUUCACAGGAGAGUUCACUGAGGCGGCACGGUGGUGUAGUGGUUAGCGCUGUCGCCUCACAGCAAGAAGGUCCGGGUUUGAGCCCUGUGGCCGGCGAGGGCCUUUCUGUGCGGAGUUUGCAUGUUCUCCCCGUGUCCGCGUGGGUUUCCUCCGGGUGCUCCGGUUUCCCCCACAGUCCAAAGACAUGCAGGUUAGGUUAACUGGUGACUCUAAAUUGACCGUAGGUGUGAGUGUGAAUGGUUGUCUGUGUCUAUGUGUCAGCCCUGUGAUGACCUGGCGACUUGUCCAGGGUGUACCCCGCCUUUCGCCCGUAGUCAGCUGGGAUAGGAUCCAGCUCGCCUGCGACCCUGUAGAACAGGAUAAAGCGGCUAGAGAUAACGAGAUGAGAUGAGAUGAGAGUUCACUGAUUAAUACUUGUGGAUCUGUUUCACAAUGCAGAGAAAGGGAUUGUGGGUAGACAUCGAGCGAGCCGUAUCCUGCCACUUGGCUGUUGCACGUAGUAUUAUUUUAAAUCCGUAGUGUUUUGUUCCUCUUAUACGUUACAGGUAUUUAGCAGACGCUCUUAUCCAGAGUGAUAUACAGCACACCCAGAGCAGCAGCAGGGGUCAGGAGCCUUAGUCAAGGACACUUCAGUCAUUCCUGCUGGUCCAGGGAAUCGAACCGGCAACCUUUUGGUCCCAAAGCUGCUUCUCUAAUCAUUAGGCCAUGGCGUCCCUUUACCACAGCAGGAUGGAUUUUUAUGAAGUAAAGAGCGACACAUUGUACGUCUUUUUAUAUUCAUCUAUAAAGUAGUUACGUCUCAUGUCUGUGUGAUAAGUUAGUUCUUGGGAUCAUUUACGUUUUAGCAAAAGUACACAGCUCUUCCUUCACCUGCCUCGCUUCUCUCUCUCCCCCCCUUUUCCUUCCCCCUCCCUCCCUUUCUCUUUUGCCCUCUCUCUAUCUCCCUUUCUCUCCCCCUCUCUCUUUCCCCAUCUCUUUCCCUCUCUCUCCUUCUCCCCCUCUUUAUUCUCUCUUCCCUCUCUCUCUCUUCCCCCUUUCCCUGUCUCUUCCUCUUUCCCUCUCUCUCCUUCUCCCCCUCACUUUCAGUCUCUCUCUUUCUCCCCCUCUCUUUCAUUCUCUCUCCUUCUCCCCAUCUCUUUCCUUCUCUUUCUCUUUCCCCUCUCUCCUUGCUCUCUCUCUCCAUCUCUCUUUCCUUCUCUUUCUCUUUCCCCCCUCACACUCUGUCUCUUUCUCUCUCUCUCCUUCUCCCCAUCUCUCUUUCCUUCUCUUUCUUCCCCCUUGCUCUCCUCUCUCUCUCUCCAUCUCUCUUCUUUCUCUUUCCCUCGCUCUUCCCCCUCACACUCUUUUUCUCUCUCUCUCCUUCUCCCCAUCUCUCUUUCCUUCUCUUUCUUCCCCCUUGCUCUCCUCUCUCUCCAUCUCUCUUCCUUCUCUUUCCCCUCUCUCUCUUCCCCCUUGCUCUCUCUCUAUCUCCCUUUCCUUCUCUUCCCCCUCACACACACACUCUCUCCUCUCUCUCUCCUUCUCCCCAUCUCUUUCCUUCUUUCUCUUUCCCUCUCUCUUCCCCCUCACACUGUCUGUUUCUCUCUCUCUCCUUCUCCCCAUCUCUCUUUCCUUCUCUUUCUUCCCCCUUGCUCUCCUCUCUCUCUCUCCAUCUCUCUUCCUUCUCUUUCUCUUUCCCCUCUCUCUUCCCCCUUGCACUCUCUUUAUCUCUUUCCUUCUCUGUCUUCCCCCUCACACACACACACACUCUCUCUCUCUCUCUCUCUCUCCUUCUCCCCAUCUCUUUCCUUCUUUCUCUUCCCCCUUGCUCUCCUCUCUCUCUCAUCUCUCUUUCUCUUUCCCUCUCUCUUCCCCCUUGCUGUCACUCUCGCUCGCUCUUCCCCCUCACACUCUCUCUCUAUCUCUCCUUCUCUUUCUCUUUCCCCUCUUUUUCUUUCCCUCUCUCUCUCCCCUUCUCCCCAUCUCUCUUUCAUUCUCCCCCCCUUCUCUCUCUGUUCGUGGUAUUGCUUAGUGGAAGACGGUUGGAUGAAAAAGGGAUGUUUGGUUUCCAAGAAAUCCGGCAGCGUGAGACCCGUUUCAGGAUAGCAUCGACACAUUAGUCCUCACAUUCAGCACAUUUUUAUAUCCAGAUGUUUCUGUUCUGGUGAAACCCUUUAUUUCGUUCUUCCAUCAUUUCAUUUUGUUCACAACUCUGCAAAUGUCUGAUGCUCACAGAUACUAAAAUACAGGAGUCUAAAUCAGGCCCGAGACGUCCAUGUGGGAUUAUUUCCCUCUUCCGAAACUUUGACUGCAUAGAAAGGAAAAAUUAACUUGCAUCUUUUCGGUGACACUUUAUCCUUUGAGCUCGCAACCUUCUGAUCAUGAGCACACUGUACACGUUAAACGCUGAGCCGCUUAACUCGUUCGGUGUGAAAAUGAAUCCACAUUAAUUCCCGCCAUAAAUCUGGAAAUUUUAGUCCAAGCCAAAAGGAGCGUCGCAUUAAAACACACUCGGACUUUAGUGAUUUUUGUGAUUUAUUAAUCCGUAAAGCAGCAGUGAGUCUUGCCUGAGCAUUUUUUAAAAUAAUUAUUAUUUGAAAGUAAAAUAACUGAUUUUAUUCGGUUGCUUUCUAAAUGGCACUAUUUGUGUUUAUUUUGUAAAAAAAAAAAAAUUAUAUUUGUGAUUCUCUUUCAUUCAUUUUUUUAUUAAAAGAAAUCCCAUUCACUGUUUAAAUUUGAACCUUGUGUGUUUUUUUUUAAACUAUCAUCGUUCUGUCCUGUGUGCACUUUCCUAAGUGCUUUGUGUCUUUGUUUUCGUCCUUAUGUUUGUGCUCUUGUUGCUGUGUAUGUAGAGUUUUCCAGAAAGCAGUUUUAGCUAUGAAUAUCAAAACUCUACUGGAAGAUACAAUAAUAAAAUUUUCAAUAUCACA